AUGACCUCAAUUAAGAGCAGACAGGAUGAGCGAAUGCCGCGGAGCUGGGAGCAGUACGCGUCGAUCAGCAUGGAUGAAGGGAGCUAUGAAUCUGGAUUGAGUAACUUUGAGAAUAUCCGUUGUCCAGGAUAUUUGCCAUCGGAAAACUACAUACAGCAAUUUGUAUACAUUUCACUGGUCCCGACGGUGAGAAAGAGCGGUGAUUCGAACAGCGGCGUGGGGACGAGAGGGAGAAGUAAGAAGCAGCAGCAACCACACAUAAAUACAAACACAAACACACGCCAUGACACCGUCGAUGUUGCCGCGUUUGACGAGAAGAUGGCGAGUAGCUCACUGCGUCUACUUACAAGACUGCUUGAGAUGCAAUCUGGCAGUGUGUUUGAAGACAGCGGGAAAGACCAUCUCGAAAUUAUUCUCAACGCUUUGCCAAGUUACCGGCGGACAAUGUCCGUUGCACACAAGCAUGCACCCGAUACAGUCCUCGAGAAGGGCGCUGCGGAGGUAAACAAGUGUAGGUGUAUAUGGGAUCUGCUCGGCAUGAACAGCAGGAAUAAGAGUGAGAGGAAGAAUGACAUCAAUAAUAAUGCGGCAGAAGAGAAUGUCCAUAUCGGCGUGAACGGGAAUGUGAAUUUGAACUUAGAUGGCAUCAUUGAUCAGGAUGCAUGGGCAUUUUUCGGAUUCGUUGUGAGUGUUUGGGAAAUGCAGGCGAGAAAUAGUCAGCCUACCCACCUCAUGGCGAAUCUGCGCGAUGUCCGAUAUGACGCUAGCUCGGCACUAGAUGCGGUUCUGGCGGGUUUCGAAGCCCCGACGAAGCUCUCCCCGCUGAGCUGCUCGCCAAGCGUAGGCAUCAGGGUACGCGAAAAUCACCACGAGCUGCUCGCUGCCAAGAUGGCAUCUGAGAGUAUCCAGCGGGUGGAUAUUUCAAAGCGGCUGCUGAGAUUGCUUCUCCAGCUCGUCGUUGAUGGCACUCUUGCCGCUUCUGCCGUGCUGACUCACCUUGGUAGCCAGUUGUCACUCAGGGAAGGCGACGUGGUGUGUGAUGUAAUGGACGCAUUUCCCGUUGAGUACACAGAUAUCAUGCUCGAUGUCAUGGUCGCUGUGAUACAGGCUAAAGGGGAGCUAGUUACACAGGGGCAGACACCUAUUAUGAAAGUACUGCUGUCGUCAGAAAGCUCCACCUUGAAAGCUAUUGGAUUGAGAAAUGCCAUCAUCGGCAAGAGUCCAUCGGUUGAUUCGGUGAGAGAAAGUAGAGAGGAGCUAGAGGGGCAUUGCGGAAAGGCUGUGAAUGUUCUUCUUGCACUUCUGUAA